AUGCUAUUGGUGGUAGCGUUGCCUUCAUCUACGGGUCACUGUCGGUUGUCGCAUUUCUAUUCACGUUUUUCUUCGUACCUGAGCUGCGGCAACGAAGCUUGGAGCAGAUUGACGAGAUGUUCAAUGAGCAAUUGCCAACUCGCAGCUUUGCAUCAGAGAUGUCCACAAUACUCCAUGCAGAUCAACCGUGCCAUCAUGGCGUUAAGCACUCGCGAUACAGAAGUCAACAGCAUGACUUCCUCUCUAGAAAAGCAGGAAGGAGAACUACCGGACUGGACAACGGAUCCAUCCAACGCCCAGAACUGGAGUUUGGCCAAAAAGUUAUACAACACGUCGAUUCCGUCCCUUCUUUGUCUGCUUAUAUCCUUCGGCCUGGCCAUCUAUUCGCCAUCCCACGCUCAUGUGCAAGAGGACUUUCACAUCAGUAACACCCUUUCGCUACUCCCAUUCACCUUAUAUGUGUAUGGCCUGGCUUUUGGUCCAAUGAUCUCCGCUCCGUUGAGUGAGACCUUUGGGCGCCGCUUCGUGUAUAUUAUCAUGACUCCACUGGCCCUGCUAUUCAUCCUAGGUGCUGGAUUUGCCCAGAAUUUCGCGACGCUUGCCAUAUGCCGCUUGUUGGGUGGCAUCCUGUGCUCUGCACCUCUCGCCGUGGGCGCCGGGACCAUGAUGGAUGUCUGGUCGGGCCCAAAUACGAACCGCGGGGUGGUUGUGUUGAUGGGGGUUGCUUUCCUGGGACCCGCUCUAGGAUCCCUCGUGGGCGGAUGGAUUGCCGAAUACAAAGAUUUUCGAUGGUCUCAAUGGACAACUUUGUUCCUCGGAGCGGCCCUAUGGGUCUAUUCGAUGGGUGCCCAGGAGACGUACGCGAUCCCUAUACGCCGCCGCCUAGCUAAAAAGGCCGGACUGACUCCUCCUCCAAAGCCGAUUCCUGAUGGUCUAGCGGGAAUCAAGAUACUCAUGACAGUCACACUGGCACGACCUCUCUACAUGCUGCUCACCGAGCCCAUCGUCACCCUCUGCUCCCUCUACUCCUCGCUGAAUUUCUCCGUGUUGUUUUGCUUCCUUGCCUCGGUGCCGCUGAUAUACAGCACCAAUUAUGACUUCUCACCGGGUCAGUCUGGACUGGCUUUCAUUGGCAUUGCCGUGGGCUGUAUCAUCGGUGCUAUGGCGUUGGUGAUCGUCGACGCAUACACGUUGUCCAAGCACCGUGCCAGACAUCCCGGGGAGCCAGCACCUCCCGAAAGAAUGCUUAUGGCCGCGAUGAUGGGGAGCCCCCUGAUGCCUGCGGCAUUAUUCUGGUUUGCCUGGACCUCACAGCCUGGGAUUCAUUGGAUAAGCAGUAUUAUCGCCAUGGGGCUCUUUGGCUGCUCGAACAUUAUGAUCUUUGUCUCAACGAUGCUAUAUCUUACGAACGUGUACGGAGCCAAGGCUGGGGCCUCAGCUCUGGCAGCAAACGGUCUGCUGCGAUAUGGUGUGGGCGGUUCUUUUCCCUUGUUCACCAUCCCAAUGUACAACAAUCUUGGUUUUACUUGGGCAUCAAGCCUGCUCGGCUUCCUCGCUAUCGCCUUUGCUCCUCUGCCUUGGAUAUUCUAUCGGUUCGGAAGUAAGAUCCGUCAAUCCAGCGCUUACACGGCAUGA